AUUUUGUGAGUCUCCAAGGUCUUCUGGUCAAGAACUGAAGAAGCGUCUUCAAGGAAGCUUUUGGCUAGACGGAGAAAGAAGAGAAUCCUCCAGCGAAAGGGAGCCUCCGGGUGAGGGAGGACCGCGCGAAGACCCGACGUUUUAGGCAACCAGUCAUAAGAAAAAUUGCAAUUGCUUUUUUGAGAUGAUAUCAAAUUAAUUAUACCUUGGAAUUGAACUUUACGGAGAAAUUAUGGUUCGACUCACACUGGAUCUAGUUGCCAAGAACAUCAACCAAAGGAAUCGUAAAGAAGAGAGCAUUACACAGUACUUGAAGAAAAUAACUCACCUAAACUUUUCAAAUAGAAACAUAGAUAUAAUUGACGACCUCUCUGUGUGCAAAAACCUCAGUGUUUUAUAUUUGUAUGAUAACAACAUUAGCCAAAUCAAUAAUUUGAGUUUUGCAACAAAUCUUACACAUCUUUAUCUACAGAACAACAGCAUAUCAUGUAUGGAGAACCUCAGAUCAUUGAGGAAACUUGAGAAAUUGUAUCUGGGUGGCAACCUCAUUGCCGUAGUAGAGUGUUUAGAAGGACUAGACGAACUCCGAGAGCUACACAUUGAAAGUCAAAGGCUUCCUCUUGGUGAAAAGCUUCUUUUUGACCCAAGAACUCUUCAGUCCUUGGCAAAUUCCCUCUCUAUAUUAAAUAUCAGCAAUAACAAUAUUGAUGAAAUAAGAGAAUUAGAAGUACUGGAGAAUCUCACACAGCUUAUAGCAGUUGACAACCAACUUCUUCAUGUGAAGGAAUUGGAACUUUUGCUGAAGAAGUUGUCCAAACUGUGGAAAAUGAAUCUGAACGGAAAUCCUGUCUGCCUCAAGCCAAAAUACAGGGAUAGGCUGAUAGUAAUGUCAUUAUCUCUAGUUUUUCCUCCAGAAAAUCUUGAUGGUAAAGACAUAAAACAAAUAGAAAGACAAUUCCUAAUGAACUGGAAAGCAUCCAAAGACGCCAAGAAAAACAUGAAGAAAAAGAAUAUAAUGAAUGAUGCUUCAACCCUUCCAUAUGUGACUAUGAAUCAGUCCAUCAACUAAUUCCUGCUUAUUACAGUGCCCCACAGGAGGUUAUAGAGAUCAUUGGAGCUUCCCGGAUAGCAAAAUGAUGAGGUCGUGUCUUUGCUUUAAGAAGAUCAAUUUGACAACCGAAAAGUGGUUGGACUGGAAUUGGAAGAGACUUGAAGCAGGGAGACCAACCAGAAGGUUAUCACAGUAGUCCAAAUGAUGAGGACCUACACCAAAAUAAUGGCAGUGUCAGGAAAGUUGGUGUUCAAGAGAUAUCAUGAAGGUAAAAUCAAUAGGCCUUGGCAAUGAAUUGGAUAUGGGGAAUGAGAGUGAAGAGUUAAGUAUUAUUUGUAAGCUGUGAGCCUAAGUGAUUGGAAGGAUAUUACUGCCAGUAGUAGGAAAAUUAGAUGGAGGGGAGGGUUUGAAGGGAAGGAUAAUGAACUCUGUUUUGAACACGUUUAGUUUGAGGUGUCUAAAGGAAACAGUUCAAAAUGUCUUGGAGAUGUGAGAUAGGAGGGCAGGACUAAGGUCAGGGCUAGUCUGUAUAGUGAUGAUAACUGAAUCCAUGAUGAGUUCACUAAGAAGAAAGCUUCUUCAUUUGGCAUCCAUUGUUAGUAGGUACAACCUGGAUGAAGAUCCCUCAAAAGAGACUGAAAAGAAUGGCCAGACAGGUAGAAGGAGAACCAGGAGAGAGUAAUGUCAUUUAAAAAAAGAAAAACUAAAGAGAAGACAGCAUCAGAGAGAAGACUGACAAUGGUAGUCAUCAGAAAGGUUAAGAAAGUCGAGGAUUGAGAAAAGGCUAUUGGAUUUGGUAAUUAAGAAAUCAUUGGUAACUUUGUAAAGAACAAUUUAAAUUGAAUGAUCAACUCAUGAGAUUCAAAGACAGACUGCAGAGGUUUAUGAAGACAGUGAAAGAAGUGAAGGUAUCUAUUAUAGGGGGCCUUCUCUAGGAAUUUAGCCACAAAAAGGAGGAGAGAUAUAGGACAAUAACUGGGGAUGGGGGAAAGGGACAGAUCAAGAGAGGAUGAGGGCAAAGGAUGGAAUAGUAGAUAUAUUUGUAGGUAGCUAGAAAGCUGCCAGUAGACAGUGUUAUAGUAAAAACUGUUAUAGUGAAAGGUUUUAUAGAAAAGGUUUCAAGGAAGGGUAACAGAAGAUAACUAAUAAAAUAAAUAACAGGGGUAUACUUAAUUAAAUAAGAAUGAAGGAAAUUAGAAGGGGAUUUAGGGAAGUAGUACUACUAUUAACCCACCCAGGUAUUAAACCUAAAUAAACCUUAACUAAAACUAAACUACAAGGGGUUAGUAAUGUCCACAGGACAAGAUUCUCACAAAUUCCAGAUGGUUGGGUCAAACAGCAGAAUCAAGAUGUAGUAUUCUCACAAGGUCCAAAAAGGGAGAAAGAAGGUUCUUACCAUUCAGAAUGUCCACCAAUGUGAAGGGGAACACUCACUCAACCUUAUUUGAUAAUCCAAAGUCCUUGGCAGCUCCUCAAUUGGUUUCUUCAGGGAGACCACUAGGCUCACCUUCCAUUCUGACUAGCUUGAGAGAGACUUUCCAACUGCUUUAGAAUCCUGACCCAGUUUCCAGUGAAUAAUGUUUGGAAAUGACCAAAUAAAAUAAUGUUUAAAAUUUAAAAAAAAAAGAAUCCUGACCCAGCCAAGCUCUGUGGAAUCUUGAUCUUGCACCAUCCCAGGCUGCCAGCCUGCAUUGCUAUGCCCUGCUAGAAAUCCUUUCCUACAACAGGGAGAGUUUAAAAAUUAGGGAGGGCAUGGGGAUGAUAGAAGGAGCAUUAUUUGCCUGAGAUCUCUAGCACAUAUAGAGUUUUCUUUUGCAAGGAUAAGGGGGAAAGAGACAAAUGAGAAGGGGAUGGUAUACAGUCAAAUUAGUUUACCAAGGGGUUAAUAUGGGGAAAAGUAUUGUUCUUAAAUUAUUGUUUUCCUAGCCCAAUAUUUCAAAAAGUUUUAUUAUCUUCAAGGCAAGAGAAUAAAGAAAAAACUAGACAGAUCUGAGAAAAAACAUGUACUUGAAAAAGUUUAAUAGGAAUCCAUUUAGUCUACCUAAAUAGAUAUCCUUUCUAUAACAUCCCUGUGACAAGUGGCCUUCCAGCCUCUUCUCCACCUGUUUUAUAAUGAAGGAGAAUUCACUGAAUCCUGAGGCAUCCCAUUAAAUUUUGGGUAGCUAUAACUGACUGGAAAUCUAUCUCUCUGCUACUUCCACCUAGCAUCACUAGUUCUGUACUCUGGGACCAAAUAAAGCAAGGUUAAUCCUUCUUCCAAAUGACAGCCCUUCAAAGACUUGAAGACAGCUAUCAUAUUUCUCCCUCUUUUUUUCUCUAGGGUAAACAUACCAAGUUCCUUCAACCAACAUCAUCUUGUCAAUGUCCUUUUUUAAAUGUUGUGCUCAGAAUUGAAAAUUAUAUUCCAAGUAUGGUCUAUUGGGACAGAGAAGAUCAUACCUUCUUUUUUUCUGGACAAUAUCAUUGGCUCAAGAUUGCAUGAGCAUUUGUGAAUUCCAUAUAAGAUUGUUAAUAUGAUGAACUUGUAGUUUACCAAAAGUUGGUUUUUUUAUACAACUGUUGUUUAGCCAAAUCUUUUUCAUCCUAUAUUUAUGCAGUUUUUUCAACCAAUAUGUAGUACUUUACAUUUAUCACCAUUAAAUUUCAUCUUUUUUAGAUUUAGCCCAUCAUUUAGCCCAUCGAGAUCUUUUUGAAUUAUAAUUCAUACAUCUCAGCUUUGAAUUGUCUUCAAAUUUGAUAAAUGUGCCAUUUAUAUCUUCAUUUAAGCAUUCAUAAAAAAUGUUAAAGUUUUGAUAAAAAUGUUUGGCACAAAGCCAAAGACAUAUAUGGGGAGAACCCCACUAGAGACCUUUCUCUAAAGUGACAUUGAGCCAUUAUUAAUGUUACUCAUGUCAGGCAAUUCAGCUUUGUCCCAAAAUAUCUAAAUGUACUAUCAUCUUAUUCAACAUUUCUCCUUUUUGUCUACAAGGACAGUGUGAGAGACUUUGUCAAAUGUCUUCAUGAAAUCCAGAUACACAAUGUCUAACAACCUAUAUAGGAUUCUCCUUAUUGCUUAUUUCUAGCCACUUAGUAAAAAAAGAAAAGAAAAGAAAGUAAUUUGGCACAAUUCAUUCAUAAUACCUUUCUAAAUUCUUAAAAAUUAUCCACUUAAUGUUAUAUUCUAGAAUUUCACUGUUAUCAGCAGAGUCAAUAUUGCAAAUUCCCCAAAGGACAUUGUAGCAAUAAUAAUAGUUGUUUAUCCAGGAGGUCUGAAAAUAGUAUCUCGUUUGCCUGUGUCUCAGGAAGCCUGAAAGGUAGCUUCAGAGGAUGUUAUUCUUCUGAGACUUAAAAAGGUUAUCCAUGACCACAUAGCUAAUAAGUUUAAUCACAUGCAACAGAUACCCCAAAAGGAGAAGUUCUGAACUGGCAACCAUCAGGAGCUCUGUUUGAAAGCUUCAGUGGAGGCCUUCUCUAACCCCCAAUAUCCAGUCAGGAGGCAAAUUUUUUUAUUUCAUCAUCUCUCACCUACAUGCACUUCUCACACAGCUGCCUCCCUACAAUUGCUUUCUAGUCCUCAAACAUCCUCAUACUCCUGUCCCCCACUCUACACACACACACACACACACACACACACAUACACACACACACAUAUACACAGCUGUCAAAAUAAUUUUUUUGACAUGGUGACCAUGUCACCACCCUAUUCAAUAAACUGCAGUGGCUCCCUAUUUUAAGAUAAAAUAUAUCUCUCUGGUAUUUCAUUUUCUUAACAACUUACUCCCUAUACUAUAUAGAUAGUAGCCUGGAUCGCUCCUCUCCAUACACUCUCUGAUGCAGAAUUCUCACCUCCUAGCCUUUCCUAUGGCAUGAUGUUCUGUCUCCAGGCCUUUGCCUUGGCUCUCCCCUGCACCUUCCUCUCAGCAUCCCUGAUUCAAGACUCAGCUGGAGUUCCUCCUUUAUAGGAAGCUUCUCCUGGUCUUCCAGCUGCUAAUACACUUUCCUUUCCAAACUACUUGUAUUCAUUUUCUCUCUCCUACCACACAGACACAUUGUGUCAGUACCGUAUAGAGCACCUCCUAUUCCAUACGUGUGUCAGCCGGAUGUCCAGAAGACGUCUUAAAUUCAACAUGGCCAAAGCCAAGCUGCUCUUUCCCGGCUGCCUUCCCUUCUUCCUGACUUUGCUAUUGCUGUCGAGUAACACCAUCUUCCCCAUCGCAGGUGUCAUCCUCCCCUCCUUGUUAUCUCUUACCCCCACCUCCAAAUCCAGUUUGCUACACAGGCCUGUGGAUUUCAAGUCUACAACAUCUUUCUUUUUUCUUAAACCCUUACUUUCAUCCUAGUUGCAAGUCCAAGAAGGCAAGGGCUAGGCAACUGGGGUUAAUGGCUUGCCCAGGGCACACAUUGAGGAAGUGUCUGAGGUCACAUUUGAACUCAGGACCUCUGUAUGCCAGGCCUGGUGCUCCAUCUACUGCGACACCUCACCACCCUGCAACAUCUUUCAGGCUUCUCCCUCUGAGUCCCAUCACCAUCCUGAUGCAGGCUCUCCCCAGCUCCUGCUGCUCGUGUGUCUGCCUGCCCCAAGCCUUUCCCCACUCCAUCCUCCAUUCAGUUGCCAAAGUAAUGUUCAGCACAGAUCGGACCACCUCGCCUCCCUAUUUAAUAAACUCCCUACCAUCUCCAGGAUCAAAUCCAAAAUCCUCCUCCACCCCACGGGGAGAGAGAAUCAGAGAAAGAGAGACAGAGACAGAGGCAGAUAGGGAGGGAAGAAGGGGAGAGAGAAGAGAGGCAGAGAUGGGCAGAGAGAAAGUGAGGGGGCUCGAGGGAAGAGAGAAGGAGAGGGAGGGGGAGAAAGAGGAGAGAGACUGGACAUGGUGUUUUUAUUCCCAUUUUACAGAAGAAGAAACUGAGACUGAUAAAGGUUAAAUGAAUUACCUAGAUCCCAAAGCUAGUAAGGGAUUGAGUCUGCAUUUGAAUUCAGGUCUUCCUGACUCCAGGCCUAGCAGUUCACUGAGCCCAGCUAGUGCCUCUCUUUUGUCUUUGUGUCCCCUAGGGCUUACCACAGUUCCUGGCACUUAAGAAGACACUUAAAUGUUUGCUUAUUGAUUGAUGAAUAGGAUAACUGUCCUUCUUAGAGUCCAAAGUUCAAUAAAUAAAGUCUACUGUAUAUGUUGUGGGAGAGCUGGAGAGAAAACCUGGGCCCGGAAGGACUACCUUCUCAAGAUGACAGGCUCCAAUGCUAUAUUAAAAACAGAGAAAUGCAUUAAGUUCAAUGCAGGUUGAAUGAUUGAGUUGAAUGGGCAGAAGACAGGUGUGGGUGGAAUGCUGCCUCUCAGAGACGAUGGAGACUGGGCUUCUUAUACCCUUUUGACAACAGGGGUUCUGUGGCCAGAGAUGAGUUGUUGGGUGAUGUUUUGUGCCCCAAGGGACCUGAGAAGUUCAGGGGUGCUUAGCUGUCCUAGAUACAGCCCAAUGCUUAUCAGAGUAGACCUGGGAGGAGCCUCUCUGUGUUCAUCCAGAAGCUAAAGGGAGAGGGGCCAGCAGGGAGCAGCUCUCUCUGAAACUCCUUAUCAUAUGAUGCUCAAAGUCACCUUCCUUUGGCCAGCACUCUGGAACCUGGGAUACCCCUGGAGUUUUAGAGGUGGGGGCAACUGGGGAGAAAUCUAGAUCCCAUGCCAUAUAUACAGUGCCAGGCAUUGUGCUGUGUGCCGGGAUUACAAAGACAAAAACAAACCCUUUCUAACCUUCAAACUUACCCUUCCUGAUUAUUGGCUCCUUUUCAUGAAUGAGCAUCUUUCCUUCUAUUCUACUUUCAACUCAUCCAUUUUAUUCCAAUUAUGUCUCUGACAGAAUACAAUUGAACAUAUUAAGUAAUGCUUCGCUGAUAUGUCCCACAAAAUGUGAGAGAAAUAUUUACUCAGGAAGUACCUUAAAUUAGACAUUACAAAAUUAUAAAAAGAUGGUCUCUUGCCUUGAAUCACAAUGACAAUCUAAUUUCUGUUACUCAUUUACACAACAAAUGACUCAACAUUUUAAGUAGAAUCUUUGCAUAUUCCUCACAUAGACUGUACACUUUAUAGUCCUAAUUUACUAAUAUUACAGGAAUAACAUAGUCAUGAAACAAGUAAUUCACCAUGGCCAAAAGAAUAAUUUAUAAACAUACAAGAACAAUGCAUUACUAACUUUCCAAUCUAGUACUCUGUAAACUCAAAUCUAGAACCAGAAGUUUUCCAAAUAGUCAAUUUGCCCCUCUGGACCAGGAAAUGGAUGCUUACACUUCCAGAGCUCUGCACCCUGGGAUCUGUGCCCUUGUGCUCUGGGGAAACAUGCAUACAGAAACUUUCCCCCCCUCAAUAAUUGUUCAUAAUGUACACUCAUGUAAUUUUAGAAAAGCCUUUAUUUCCUACCCAGAAAAGAAAGUUGGGCUCCUUGGGUUUUUUUGAACCUCGAACUGAACUUGAUAUUAUCAAUGUACAUUUUAAUUAAAGAUUAGGCUAAAGCCGUUUUUUAUUUAAAAGCUGAUUCUGAACAAAUGCCCUCACUGUUUGAUUAAAAAUAAUAUGUGGAAUGAAGCGAAGAAAAUAUUCAGUAUUUUUCCUUUCUGUGUUUAUCACAGAAAAUAGUUUUGACAGAUGUUUCCUCUCCUUUCAAAUGUCAUAGGACAUGGUCGAGCCUUGGUAAUUUUAAAAUAGACAUUAAAUACCUUUAUGCAUUUCAUGCACACAAGAUCCACUGAGAAUUAUGUAUUGCCAAUAAAAUGAAAAGGGCUAAUUGUUGCUUGAUUUAUUUUAACUGUUUGAUUAAAACCCAAGCAUGGUUAAUAGAGUCAAUCCAUCUUUUUGUUAAUGUGAAAAUAAUAACUCCAGUUGGUGGGAUUCUAAUAUACUUGGUUUCAGACAUACCUAAGAAAUCUCUGGGGCACAUGAUUUGCAUUAUGUUACAUUAUUAUUUGAGCAUUUCUAAAAUAUUCAAUAUCUUCUACUAGAGCUUUUUGAGUUAUGAAGUUAAUCAAAAUCUGAUGCUAUGAAAUGAAAUUGUAUUAAAAGGUACUUUGUUUUAAUAUUAUGUUCUAAGUCUUAACAAAUAGUUUCCUAUUUUAUUUGAGAAGACUUUUGAAAACUGAAUAUUUUAGUCAUAUAUCUCUUUAAUCACAUAGCUCAAAAGAACUUGUAUGUGAAUCCAGAAAUCUCUUUUGUUUGCCGAGUUAAGAAAUUCUAUACUCAAGUGCAUAUAAUGCAGUACAAAGAGAAUAACAUAAUUUUUUUUUUUAAACCCUUACCUUCCGUCUUAGAAUCAAUACUAUAUAUUGGUUCCAAGGGAGAUCAGUAAGGGCUGGGCAAUGGGGAUUAAGUGAUUUGACCAGGGUCACACAGGUAGGAAGUGUCUGAGACCAGAUUUGAACCUAGCACCUCCAAUGUCUAGACCUGACUCCCAAACCACUGAGUCAACUAGCUUCCUCUUAUGUUUUGUAAUUUUUGAAAAACUCUUUGAUUUAACAUUGAAGUGUGCUUUUGUUUUGUCUUUUAA